GAAUAGGAAGAGGAGGAGGAGGAGGAAGAAGAAGAAGAAGAAGAAGAGGAGGAGGAAUCCUUAGAGCAGUUCCGCAGAGCAGCUCUCGGCCGAUUCUGAAAAAUCAAUAGUUAUUAGUGUUAUUAUCAUAAUCAUUGAUUUAAUUAUGUUUUAAUUGAAGUUCGUGAGCGUGUGAAAUGGCGCUGGAGUGGCGAGAGGCGGCGGAGCGGAUGGACGUGUAUCUGAAAGAGCUGCUCUCCUCCGGCCUGCUCCUCCUGCACGCGGAGCUCGGGGUGGAUGUGGGGCUGAAAGCGGAGCUGCUUCCGCCGGGGCUCCUCGCGUGUGUGGCGGCGGGACUCGGCCUCCUGCUCGCCGCGCUCCUCUGGUUCUUCGUCUGCCGGUGCUUCUCGAAAAAUCCCGCCGAGAAAGUCGCACCCGAGGCCGGGAAGACCUCCAAACCCAAAUCCGAGGAGGUUAAGAAGAGGAGCAGAAAGAGAGGAGGAGAUAAGAAAGUGCAGAGGAACGGCCUGGCGGUCGACCUGGAGGAGGAACCGAAGCUGGUGGAGGCACAGAACCAGAGCGAGAGUCCAGAUCCAGCUGGGGGUAAAAGUGAUAAGGGAAAGAAGAACAAGAAGAAGGCGAAAGCGGCAGUGAAGGAAACGAAGCCCCCGUCCACGUCGGUGCGCAAAGAGCCGGAGGAAGGAACUUGGGAGACUAAAGUGAGUCACCGUGAGAAGCGACAGCAGCGGAGGAAGGAUAAAGGAGCAGGAGACGAAUCGGGGAGUCCCGGAGGAACGGAGCCCAGUGCUAACGCUGCGAACACGGAACACCACGCGCCCGCUGUGGAGGAACCCAAAAUCAUCCUAACACCAUCUGUAACCUCCAAGACCUCCAACAAAACCACCACCAACACCAAGAGCUCCAACACCAACACCACCAACACCAAGACCUCUAACACCACUACCAACAACACCAAGACCUCCACCACUACCACCACCAACACCAAGACGUCCAACACCACCACCACCAACACCAAGAUCUCCCCCAAAAACACCAAGUCCAACAAUGCUCCUGUGCCUAAAGCUCAGAAGAACAGUCAGAGAACCCAGCAGGCUCCUCCACCAGUAGAACUGUCUCAUGCGUGGGACGUGAUGGCCGUGAACGGAUCAGGAUCCUGGGAUCUGGGCGUGUCGGUGCCUCCUCACACACAGACCUGGAACAGCGUGAAGUCCGAACCGUCCGUCUGGCCUCAGGACAUGGAGGGCUCGUGGAUGAUCGUGGAUGGUUCUCACAUUCCCGUCUCCCUCCACGAAAUGACUGCAGGUGUAGGAGAGCAGGUUGUUCCUGAGCGAUCCUGGGCGUGUCCUGUCCCAGUAGAUGACGAAUGGUCUGGACCUAACAGUGGUUCUGCAGACCCAGCAUCGGACUACUGUGCCCCGUGUGAGGAGUGGGGGAAUUACGAUGAUCCAGCAGGUGGCGCCGUUUCUCCUGACGAGCCUCAGUUCACACAGGACUCCGAUCUGGAGAAGGACAAAGACGAACCUGCGGCUCCGGGAAGCAGCAAAGCCAAGAAGAAGAAGAAGAAAAAGAAGAAAGCGGAGGAGGCUGGAAGUGCUGCUCAGGUGGAGGUGGAAGUGGGUGUGGCUAAAGACCAGAACACUGCAGGGAACAUUUUGCCUAAAAUCAUCAAAGAGCCAGAAAUCGUGGUUUCACCUCGAGUCCCACUGAAACCACCCACCGAACCUGAUGCUCCGCCCAAAAGCACAGCUCCGCCCACCCAGAAGAAACCCGAGGAGAGCUGGGAAUCCCCGAAACAGGUGAAGAAGAAGAAGGUGCGGCGAGAAACAUGAGCGCGAGGGCAGAUUUGAGAAAGAAACAUCGAUAUGCAAACGUCCAGGAUUUCAGACAGACCACGAGUCGUGCUUCGGGCGGAUUGGCGCGCUGACGUGAGAACGAGUCUCCGUGCAUUCGGACAGCGCACAGUGUAACAUAUCAGUCCUGUGGGUGUGCUGUACAUCAGGCGUGUGCUGAUCCUCACUUCACAUCGCCGUACUCCAGUAGCAUUAUCACGGUUAACGAUAACAUCCUGGGAUUCAGACAUGAGAAAAGUAUGAGAUUUUCACCUCUUUAAACGCUAAAUUGUCUUCGAUGCUAAAUAUCGUGACGUUCGGUUCCCCGAUACUCAGCACACGCCUGAUGUACACGAAUACAGUGUCUUUUUUCCUGUUUUUGACUGCUGUAGAUUGAUUUAUAAUUCUGUAGUGAAUCUGAUGAGAUCCUGUUUUGUUUUGAAAUGAGAACAUUUCAGGAAAAAAAAAAAAAAGUAAUAAAACGUCCACGAUGUCUUACUCGUCUCCAGAUGGAGUCCGUGUCAGGUUUUUGCGGUGUUCGUUUUGGGAAGUGGUGGUGCUACGCAGGUAACACAGUUAAUGUAAAACUGACAUCUCAUUUAAAAUAUUAGCAAGAACAGUGUUUACGCAUUUACUGCUUAAAGGUUAACUUUACAUCCACACCCUGUGGAGGCGGAGCCUAGAGGGGCGGAGCGAUACCGAAAUCAAUCUCUCAUCUGAUCGACCACGUUUGUCGUGAACGGGACACGGCGGACGUUUCGUUUUAACCGCUAGGUUUCUGAAGGACUGGAGCUACAGCAGUAAAUAUUUAGUUUGGGUUUGUACGCCGUAAAAAGCCAUACGCGGAACGCUAACCGUCGUUUUCUAUUCGAGUUCUAAUAGACAAGUGUCGCCUGUUAAACCUGUGUGGUAAACUCCGCGCGCCCCCGCCCCCCAUUUGCAUGUGUAAUUUGUUUAACCCGUGACGGCGUCCUCGGGCUCCGGAUGCGGCGUGUAAAAUGAAAAGAAAACUCCGAUGCCUUAACGUGGCGCGUGCGCAGUGACGGCGUCGCGGCCGUCUGUCCGCUGCAUGCACUUUUCCUCCUCUGUGCGUUCUGUCCAUCAUAUUAAAUAAACGUGGUUUCUUUGCAAA